AUGAGUGCAAACUUUAUAUUUUCUUCAUCAAUAAAGUCUGAAGUCGCACGAGAAAUUACAACAAUCCCAAGUGAAUUCGCAUCCACACUGAAUGUCAUUUACUUUCCUCAGCUCGGGUGUUUGAUUACCGUUCCGUUGAAACCUGAAUGGAAAGAGGAAGAAGACUUCCAGAUUGAAGGAUUGUAUUAUCAGUUUAGUAGAGCGACAACUGCAUAUUACAAGAAUGAUCGAAUGCGUGAACUUCUUGGAGAUAUUCAUGGAUUAAUAGUUGAUAUCUAUGUUGCUGGUGAAGCUGAUAAACUUGCGCCCUCGUCGAACGCUACUACAUCGAACUCCACCGAGCCAUCGAACUAUACAGUCACAUCGAACUCUACCGAUCCAUUGAACUCCAUAGUUCCAUCGAACGUUACCGAUCCAUUGAAUUCCACAGUCCCAUCGAACGCCACCAAUAAAUCAAACUCCACCGAUCCAUUAAACGUCAUCAAUCAAUCGAACUCCACCACAAUCAUAUCAAACUGCACCAAAAUGAACACUACUACAUCGAACUUCACAGUCCCAUCGAACUCUACCGAUCCAUUGAACUCUACAGUCCCAUCGAACUCUACCGAUCCAUUGAAUUCCACAGUCCCAUCGAACGCCACCAAUAAAUUGAACUCCACCGAUCCAUUGAACAUCAACAAUCAAUCGAACUCCACAAACUGCACCACAUCGAACUCCACCAUACCCACUAUAUCAAACUCCACCGAUCCAUCGAACUCUACAUCGAACUCCACAGUCACAUCGAACUCUACUGAUCCAUCGAACUCUACAUUGAACGUCACCAAUAAAUCGAACUUCACCGAUCCAUCGAACGUCACAAAUCAAUCGAACUCCACAAACUGCACCACAUCGAACUCCACCAUAUCCACCAAAAUGAACACCACUACAUCGAACUCCACUGAUCCAUCGAACUCCACAGUCACAUCGAACUCUACCGAUCCAUUGAACGUCACCAAUCAAUCGAACUCCACAAUCACAUCAAACUGCAACUCCAUCAUACCCACCAAAAUGAAUACCACUACAUCGAACUCCACCGAUCCAUCGAACUCUACCGACCCAUUAAACUCCACAGUCCCGUCGAACGUCACCAAUAAAUCGAAUUCCACCGAUCCAUGA